UUUCUGAAGAAACACAACUCGGUCUGGUGGGUUGGACUUUAAAGGGGGGGAUAUCUUUUCUCCAAGUGCGCAGUUGAUUAAACAUCGGCUCUUCCCCUCUGGUCAGGAUGCAUUUUUACGGAGCGCUGAUCCUGUUUGUGACUUUGUCUGCGGCAUGUGGACUGACCUGCUACCAAUGUGAAGGUAAAGACUGCAGCGACGAGGCAACUUGUCCCUUCGGACUGGACCGUUGUGCCAGCACCGAGGUGUACAGUGUUGUCACCAAGAGCUGCAUGAGCAGCUCACUAUGUGUUGCACCGAUAACGUGCUGCUCCACGGACUUGUGCAACGGAGCCACAUCCGCCGCCUCCAGCAUCCUCCUCCUGAUGGCGUCAUCAGCCAUCGUCACACUCUUUCUCUGAGCUACAGAUAUUAAAAAUAUAUACCAAUAUUUGUCUCCUUUCAUUACCAAUUUGUACAACUUAAGAAGAAUAAACAAAACCUUGAUGUGUAAAAGAUGACUGCUGGUCAAUAUUUCUUCAAUAAAUAAUUUGAAAUAACAUUGAA